AUGAGUUUUAAAAAAUUUUUAGCAUCAGCUUCAAUCGUUGGUUUAGCAGUUGCAGCUAAUAGUAUGUAUAAUUGAAAAUAUAUCAGAAGAAUUUUCGCGGUUCAUAGUGUUUUCAUAGUUAAGAUAUUGGAAAAUACCAAGUUUGUUUGAAAUCUGGGCACAAACCAAGUUUUAAUACAGUUGGAGAUUCUAGAUCUAACCAAAUCUACUCGAGAUCUAAAGAUUUAAAAUACUUCAUAAUUUGUUCAAACUCGAGUAUUUCACCACAAUUUCAUGAGAUCGUUAUAUUUACCAGUUAAGAAUUAUAUCAGUAUUGUUUUUAGCCCUACAAUUAUGAUUAUUGUUCACAAUUCACGAAAUUAAGUUAUAUUUUUUCCACAACAAGUAUGAAACUUUCAGGUGAUUUGAUUUAUCAACAAUGAGAGUUUAGUCAUAUUUUGAAACAUUAGAGUAUCAAUAGUCAUUAUUUCAACAUCCAAGUGUCAUCAAUACCUUAUUAAGAUAAGCGUUAUAAUAAUUAUUUAAUAGAAUUAAUUAAACCCUAUUGGAUCAAAACCAAGAGAUCAAAGCCAUGGCCAGAAAAAUAUUUUUUUUUUUUUUUUUUUUUUUUUUUCAAAUUAAGGCGUAUGGCUAAAAUUAGACUGUGAUUCAUAACAAUUUACCAAUGAUACUAUUACAACAACAAUUAUAAUGAUACUGUUACAUUGAUACUUGUGAAAAUUCUUUGGUGGCUUUUUCAUUUCAGUACUAACUUUAAUUUUUAGACUCAACUUUAACUACAGCUACACCAUCAGUUGAUAGUGCAUGUAGUUUCUCAGAUUUCACCGCUACUGCAAGUUCACAAGUUCAAUCAGUUGCUGCUUGUUCUACUGCUGUUGGUUCAAUUUAUAUUUAUGGUGAUUCAUUCGGUACAGUUGAAUUAACUGGUGUUGAACAAAUUUAUGGUGAUUUACAUAUUAAUAAUGUUACACAAGCUUCAGCAAUUAAUGCUCCAACUUUACAAUUAGUUUCAGGUGAAUUAGAAGUAAAUGGUAAUACAAUUUUAUCAAACUUAAACUUAGCUCAAUUAACUACUGUUGGUUCAUUAAAUUUAAUUGCUUUACCAGCUUUAGAACAAACUGGUUUAACUGCUGGUAUUACUUCAGCUGAUGAAAUUAUUAUUUCAGAUACUGGUUUAAAUUCAUUAGCUGGUAUUAAUGUUUAUAAAUUAAAAGUUUUCAAUGUUAAUAAUAAUGAUGAUAUUGAAACUAUUGAUUCAGGUUUACAAGAAGUUACUGAUACAAUUGAUAUUUCACAUAAUGCAGAAAAAGUUGAUGUUACUUUAGACCAAUUAACUUCAGCUAAUAACAUUUAUUUACAAUCUAUUAAUUCAUUUUCAGCACCAAAUUUAACUGUUGCUAAUGGUUCAAUUUCCUUAUCUUCAUCAUCAAAUGAAAAAUUCGAAUUAGCUGAAUUAACUUCAAUUGGUAAAUCAUUAACUAUUGAUAAUAAUGAUGAAUUAGAAGAAUUAGAUUUCCCUAAAUUAACUUCAAUUGGUGGUGCUUUAGAAAUUUCAGAAAAUGAAAAUUUAAAAUCAUUUGAUGGAUUUUCAGAAUUACAAACUAUUGGUGGUUCAGUUAAUAUGAACGGUACUUUUGAUAAUGGUACUUUUGAUUCAUUAUCAAGAGUUUCUGGUGGUUUUACUUUAAAAACUGAUGGUGAAUUAUCAUGUGAAGCUUUUAAUAAAUUAAAUUCAAAUGGUGAUGUUAGAGGUGAUAAAUUCCAAUGUGAAGAUAAAGUUACUACUUCAUCAUCAUCAUCAAGAAAAUCAAAUUCAGGUUCAAGUACUGAUAAUUCAGCAGAUGAAACUGGUUCAACAACAGGUGGUUCAGGUUCAUCAUCAUCAGGUGGUUCAUCAUCAUCAACUAGAUCAUCAGAAGGUACUUCAAAUGUUGGUAAAUUAGCUUCAGUUAUUGCUGCUUUUGCUGCUGUUGGUGUUGCUUUAUUCUAG